GUUAUCCUUGAUAGUUUCUCAUCACCAUGGCCUCAGAAUUGCACUAAUGCAGAAGCGACGACAGAGCGUUCUAUUUUGACUUGACUGCCUUGCUCGAGAACUUUUCUUCUCGCACAGGACUCACCAUGACGAAAGCUUCAAGCUUUGAGCUGGAUGUUGGAUUGCACUGUUAGCGGUCCGUUCCUUCGUACAUACAAGAAUCGUGUUUGGAAGGCUUGAGUGUUCUUGGGCACCCGACGGCAUCUCCGGCCUCGAGGCCAUGGUGAUUCGAAAGAACCAAGGUGACCACCGUCGCGAAUUGUCCAUAGGUGCUCGAGCAUAAUUCCUGGCCGCCGAUUGAAUUUUUUCAUCUUUGCCUCCGACUUCUCCGAAAGGCUAUUCCAUUGCGGGAAGGAUGCACCAGAAACUCAAUUCGAGUAACUUUUAUAUUUCUUUGAUCUUGUCUCCAUGAGGCUUUAUCCGACUCCACACAGUGCACGGGGGUAUGAACGAACUCCCACACAUAAACAUCGGUUGGUCGGACAAUAUGAGUUGAUCAUUGUUGGACCACGUUGGUUGGACGUCGCGGCCUUUAUUCCCUCCUUUCUACCGCUCUUCACCCCAUUUCAUCCUACCCAAAACACUUACAUCGUAGUGGUCGGCCGGUACAGAAUGGGCGAGUACGAUACGACCAUCGGCGUCCUGCUGGUGGGACUGUUCUUCAAUAUCUUUCUGUACGGCCUCGUCUGCUACCAGUUUCUCUUAUAUUAUAUGUCCCCCCACAAGGAUAGGCUAUACAUCCGAGCCUUGGUCGGAGCGCUGUUUGUCGUAGACACCAUUCAUGCUGGCGUGAGCGUCUACUCGGCAUGGGAGACCUGUGUGACCAACUUUAACAACCCUGCCAUCCUAUUCCGCGUCAGCUGGACGAUCACCUUCACUGCUUGUGCAACUGCUCUGACCGCUCUACUAAGCCAAUCUUUCUUGGGCUGGCGUGUUUUCCUAUUCACCAAGAGCAAGAUCCUUGCCGCGAUCAUAUUCGUGUUUUCGUUCACCAGUUUUAUCUGUGGCAUGAUCGCUGGUGUACAAUGCGGUAUCCUUGGAGAGGUGGCCCUGCUUCCUACCAUCUCAAUCGUCUCCCUGCUAUGGCUUGUCUUCCAGACCUCAGCUGAUAUCAUUAUCACCGUUUCCCUCUGCUGGUCCCUCUGGCGCUCCCGUACUGGCUUCCGCAAAACCGAUUCGCUCAUCUUCCGCGUCAUGCGCGGUGCUAUUCAGACCGGUCUCUUCGUCACCAUCUUCGCUCUCGGAGACAUGUUUUCGUUCCACUUCAACCCUACGACGAACCUUUACGCUAUGUUCGCAUUCCCCAUUGGGAGAAUCUACACCAACACUUUGCUGGACACUUUACUCUCGCGCAGAGAGAUGAAGUCGCGCAUGGGCAGCCAACAGGAUGUUGAGCACCAAUCCUUGCAGCAAACCUCCAUCCGCCUCAACCACGUCGACGUCAACGUCUCUCGCGAAGUACGCGUCCAGAGGGACUUCGCCUCCCAUCACACUAUGGACGGCUCUGACAGAGAUGUGAAGGGCCUUCAGACAACUAGCGAUGAAGGGAACGGUGCCGACCAAAAGGCGAUGGCGUUUUGA